AUGGAUUCUAGCAGUAUGCUUAUUGGUGCACUUACCCCUGGUUAUGUACGACCGACUCUCUCUUCCAAUGUUUUGCCUGGUUCCUCAAUCCCUUCAGCACCUGGUGGAUUCAGUCCUCAUCAGAGUUUGGCUUACCCUUUCCCUCAUUCAUUCUCUGUUGGUGCCAACCAGUCACUUGAACCUGCUAUUACUGGGCGUCAAUUUCCCAGUGCUUCAUUAAAUCCCUCUUACCACCUACAACAGUUCCAACAAUCGGCUUCCCAGCCCUUACCCCUGCCUCAUCCACCUGUUCCAUAUGGUCAGUCGUUGUCUUACUUAGCACCUUCUCUAGUAACAGCUAUGGGUAAUGGCAACCUUGGUCACAUACAUCAAACUUAUGCAAAUGUACCAUCACAGGCACCGAUGGCAGUUAAUAUGACAGCGCAUUGUCGUACAUUUGAUUCUUUAAAACAUUUUGGUUCUGUCCCUCAAACACAGCAUGGUCGUCGGAAUAAAUCAACUGUCACUUCCAAGACCAAUUUAUAUAUAAGCGGACUAAGUGAAUCUGAUACAGAUGAUACAGUUCGUUCACUUGUUGAAAAUAUUGUUCAGCCAAAGUCUUGCAAAGCAAUGGUUGUCAAUGGAAGAUGCAGAGGUUCUGGUUUUAUUGAUUGCGCUUCUGAAGAGGAUGCAGAAAAAGCGAAAGCACAUAUUUUAGAAUGCGCCAGAACUAACGGACGCAAAUUAUCAGUAAAGUACGCAUAUGAAAAUGAGAAAGAUGCUCUUAAUGUUUAUGUACGCAAUCUUCCACGUGAAGGUUUUUCAAAAGAGAUGUUGGAAAGUUUGUUUCAGAAAUUUGGUCAUGUUACGUCUGUUAAACUUCUUGAAACAGUCACAGGAUUUACAGGGAUUGGUUUUGUUCGUUUUGCCACAGCCGAACAAGCGGAAAAAGCAGUUGAACAAAUGAAUGAAGCAAAACAUAUUGUUCGAGGUGGGGAUAAACCCAUAACUUGUAAACUGGCUGAUAAAGCAGAUCCUAGACGACGUAAUGCUGCUCCUAAUGCACAAGCGUUUGUUGCCGCUGCUGGAUUACAUCCACAAAUACCUGUUGCUAAUCAUUUAACGCGUACAGCUCAAGGUCUCUCUAAUCUCGCUUCUCUUCAAGCUUUAGGUCAAGCUCAACAAUCUACCUUUACUCCUCAAUUUCCUUUAACUGCACAGUUAGUGCAACCUUUGCAUCAAACUCCUGUUGUUGUUCCAAAUAUGCAUUCAUCCUCAAUAUCCUCACAAAACCGUAAUAUUUUAUUGCCAUCAACACUAUUGCAGAAUGGUCCAUGUGGUGGUAAUACAGCUGUCCCAGUUUCCUUCCCUUCCAUUGGACCGAAUGGGGGUAAUAAUCAGUCGGCUAUUUCUACUAGUUCUUAUAGAGCUAACUUGGUUGGGAUACACCAGGGUCAAAUGCCUUCUGGAGCUCAACCAAACCAAGCAACUGCAAUUGUUGCUGGAUAUGCUGAUUAUCCCUUCAGUCGUUCCAAAUCAUGUGUCAAUGUUCAAUCUGGAAACUUCUCAGCUAACAAUCUCCCUGUUUAUACAGCAAAUGGUAACUCUUCUCAGUCUACUCAUAGUGCUUUUCAAUCAGUUGCAUUUGGAACUCCUACAACUUCUAAUUAUCAGGGAGGAUUAUCGUAUGUUCAUCAUCAACAGCAGUCACAACCAACACCUAGUGUUCCUGCAGCGGCGGUUGCAAACAGUUCUCAAAUGGUUAUUUUGGCUCAGACCCCUAUUAAUUGUCUUUAUCAAUCAUCAAAUGGAUCUACAUCAGCCGCUUAUCCAACAGUUUGUCAGGUGCAAAAUAUACCAUGUAAUUCGUGUCCAGUUUCAGAAGCAACUACAAAUCUAAAUCCUGUUGGUUUAAUUACCUCUGAAUUUCAAAUGAUGAAUUUUGGUUCAAAUAGCAUAACUAACGUUUCAUCGUCUCAUUCAAAUUUGGAGACUGAUGUUUCUUGUGAAACACAAGAAUGGUCAAAUGUUGGCAACCAAAAAAUAUGUUCUUUGAAUUCUGUCAACACUUCAGAAAGUGAUGUAGCUUAUCAAUCACCAUCUGUUCUUCAAAAUUCACAUGAGUUAACAACCUCAAGCGAUGGGAAUGUUGGUUACACUGCUACUACUACUACUACUCAAAAUACUAUUUCUGUGUCUAAUACAGUAGUAGAGCAAAAUGAUACUCAAUGUUACACAAAUCCCGUGCAAGAAAAAAUUAGUUCUUCAGAUUUUAAUAACUUAUCGAGUUUGUCCAAUGAAGAAUUUAAUGUAGUCACUUCACUUAAUCCUUCAAAUCAUUCUUCUAUCCCAAAUUCUGCUUACUUAACGGGGAACCAUCAUUUCUCUUCGUCUAAUUUAGAAGUUAAUGGUUCAUCGAAUUCUACUGACUGUCAGUCAAGUGCUUUGUCAUCGCAAAGAAAAAAUAAAAUUACGGACAAACAUCGAGAUUCAUCAUCGUCAAAUUCAACCGUUUGUAGUCGUCAUUGCAAUGAGGUGGUCAGUUUAAAUGAUACCAAAUUAGCAUCAUCAUCGUCUAUACAACAUUUGAAUAGACGAAAGAAAAAUCCUUAUUCAUCUAGUAUUAAUAGUUAUAAACAGCAUUCAAGAUCUCCAUCGAAGAAAAAUAGUUCACCUGUCAGCAGUAGUACCGAGGUUCGUAUGCCAACUAGUUGCACAAUUUUGAACCCAUCGUCUCCUUAA